CUUAAAUUCUAGAGAAGAGUAAAUUAAUUACCUAAUUAUUCCUCUCCAUCUUUGCUAAUUAACAAAAUCUAGGGUUUAUAAUUUCACCACAACUACUGUUUGUUUAUCUCCCAUUUUUUGAAUUCUUCUUAUCUUCUAGCAGGCUAAUAUUCAAGGCAAGUACUACAAAAGACUAGCAGGACGGAAGUUUAGAUACUUGACAGCAACUUCUGAGAAUGAGCCAAGAAGCUAUUCAAGGGAACAGCUCCUAUGGUGCAGUAACUCUUCCUGUCAAGCGGGGGCGAGGACGGCCACGCAAGGAUAGCAACCUAAAGCGUGUAAAAACUGCUCAUUUUCCAUCAGGAAUUAAACAAACAAAAGAGAUCCGACCCCAACAAGUAGAUACGGUUAAUGUUGCAAAUGAUGAAAUGAUAGGUCAGGCUGUUACAGGUGUUGUCGAAACUGCAUUUGAUGCUGGUUAUUUUCUGAAUGUUAGGAUUGGCGACUUAAAUUUCAGGGGUGUUGUUUUUAAGCCGGGGCAUUUUGAUCCUGUCACAGCAGAAAAUGACGUAGCACCACAUGUUCCGAUGAUUAUAAGGAAUGACAUUCAUCUACCCAUUAGAAACCAAAUUCAGGUACAUGGCCAUAAUCGGAGGCCUCAGCUAAGUUUAUCGGCUCCAACAACAGCUCCUCCUUCUGGCCAUUUGGUGGGAGCCCGCAGUGCUGUUGUUCCAGUUGUCCUUCAACCUGUCAACCCGACCAAUGGAUUGCCACCUACUACACAAGCUCCUCCAGAUUCAUCCCAAGCUGCUCAUAUGACAGCUGCUCUAAAGGAGAGAAGUUUGCAAACCGUUGCUCCCUUGGCUACGCUGCCACCUGAUGGAUCACUUAUUGAAAUGACCAAUGGCGUUGAGGCCUCUCAUAAGUUGUCAGCAGGGAACUUGAAUGUGGUCGUGGAACGAGAUAUUGGCGACAUGAAUGAGCCUCCUUCUAUAGAAACAAGCGAUUCUAUGGAUUCCCCUCUUCCCAUCUCUGUUUCAAAGCCAUUGAUGAAUUACGGGAUUGGCAGGAUGACAGAGCUUUUACAGGCAGUGCAGGAAAAUCUGAUGGAGAACCAGGUGCUUCGUGGCGAAGAGCUUAUUAGAGCGAGGAGUCCAAACACGGAUGGUUAA